AUGCCGUCCACUCUCUGGAUGCACCAGAAAAUGAGACAUCUGCAUCUCGUCCUGCUUGUUCCUUCUGCCCUCAUGCUCUGCUCGGCUUUGUGGUCGGGUGAUGUGCGCCAGGUGCUCCACAUGGUUCCGCUAUGUGGCCUCCUUAUGGUUUCCACCUUGAGGCUGAAGUCGAAGAGUGCGAUGGAUUUCUACUGCUCGGGGCAUCUGAGGGGCCAGGCAGCAUCCACACUCGCGAUCUGCGCUUGCAUGAUCCUGAGCUUCAUGGAUACCGCACGCACUCGAGCCUGGGUGGGUUUCGCAGAGGUGGCCAUCGUAGCCCCCGAGGCAGCAUACCUCAAAGCAACAAGAGUACCUGCUGGCCGCGCCAAGCGGGCCCGUUGGAAGCAGGCGCAACUGCCUCUCUUCCAUCUCUGGAUUGGUGCUGGGUUGGCUAUGUGUUGCACUGCGCUGUUCUACCCAAAUCGGAUGACUGUCGUCUUGGACGAGUGGGGUGUGAUUAGCUUGGUCUUGGAAAAGAUGAUUCUGGGUGCUCUGGGCGACUUUGGAACGUAUAGCCUUCUCGACAUGGAUCCAGGAUCUCCUCAGCGAGCUCGGUCCUGCCCAUAA